UUUCAUUCUGCGGUCUGCAGCUUUUACUGUAGUCAAACAUCGCUGAUUGCUUUCAAAUUGAACUACGUUUUGUUGCUAAGCUAAAUCGUGUGCUUUUUCGUCAAAAAUAAAGCAUUAAAAGUACUACAACGUGUUUUUAUUUUAUAGAACCAUCGUUUUAAAAAGAUCAAAAUUUAACAUAAAAACUUCACUUCUUUGAUCAAAAUCCUAUUUUAUGAUCGGAACUUAACUGUUUCCAGUUUCAAUGGAGGAGUUAAAACCGUUGAGUGGUUUUGAUACAAAUAGAAGUGUAGAUGUUCUGAAAGAUUACACAAAGCCGAAACAAAGUACAAUUUCGGGUCUAUCCGAUGACGAUAUUGCCAGUAUUUGGGGUUACAUUUCCGAGUUUAUUAUCAAACAGUUACAACAAAACAAAGGAGUUCAUAUUCAUGGGUUGGGAACGUUCACGUACACCAAAAAAGUCACCGGAAAAUCAAGCGGCAAGAAAGCGAAGGAAAUAAAUCGUCCUGUAUUUGUCAUUUCCGAGAAAUUCGUGCUACAACAUUGUUUGCCGAACCAAAAAAUUUACCAGACAGGAGAGAUCCCAGUUGUCCCGCUGAACUUUGCGGCCGUCGCGUUCGAGAGUCCCUAUCAUCGAGAUGUUGUCGAGGCAUGCGCGAAAGAAGUUCUUACUUGGCUCGGCCGAAGUGUCCAGAGCAACAGUAGCGUUGAGUUCGUUUUCCCAGAUUUGGGUCGCCUGACAAUUAAGGAGAAGAAAGUAAAAAUGCGAUUCUUCAAAGAGUUCAUAAACUCCUUGGACGACGGUAAAGACGUCAUGAAAUCGAUGGUAAACCGUCCGUUCACUCCUGAUUCGGUAAUGUCGGAUCGACCAAUCACAUCGCGACCAGGAACCACGACUCUCAUUUUACCGAGCGUAGCUGUGAACAAACCACCCAAACCCUUGCCUGCCAUUGCUGAAACGGAAAACGAAGACGAGCACAAUCCUGAGGUGACUUCGGAUCCAGGACGCUUUGACGAGAAUCACGAGAACCAGUUGGGAGGUAGCGCCGCGGCUGGUUUGAAUACAGUUCGAGAACGAGAGUUUUCCACAUCAAGUCAGCUGAAAGCGGAUCUUCCAACGGUAAGGAAACCGUCAACAGGUGCGGCAUCGCACCGCAACAUGACAACACCGACCUUGAAAAGGUCAAACACUUCGCCCAACUUAGUGUCCAAUCGACCUCCAGGAUCCAGCCGGGCAGAGUCCGCGGCAUCCAAUCAUUCGGAAUGCUGUCACAAGGCUUCAGCAGGUCAAGAAUUGUGUUAUUUGUGUCACCAAAGAGACGUCCGAAAUAUUCCUGUGGAUUUUUUGGCCGAGAGGCAAAAACGAAUCGAAGAAGAAGACAAGCUACUGGCGCAGUAUCAGAACUUACGAGACACUGAAGCUAUUCUCAAGGAACAAGAGAAGCUGUAUGAUGCGAGAAACAUGCAAAAAUCCAUCUCGGCCUUCAAUCUGGGAGUUGCAGACGCGGUAAAAGACGAGAAAAGCCGGAAACCAGGGUACUACAAUUCAUUCCUGUUUCAAAAGAGACCCCAUACACCUCAUAAGUUCUUCGGCCAGGCAACUUACUACGAAGACUUAAACAAUCAAGUAGAGUCUAGAACUGACAAGGAAAAACGACUUCAUGAAGACAAAGUUUUCUUGGAGAAGCUGGAGCAAAUUCAAAUAGCCGAGGAUUUAGCUGCUCAAAGAGAGGCGUAUUUGAAAGAGAAGCACAAUCAAAAAGAGGCGCUCAAAAGAGCACUCGACACUCAGCUGAAAUACUUGCCGGAACAGUUGCCGAAGGCAGUUCCCGACUCAGACGAGCCAAUCUUCGGCCUUCACGACGCUUCUUCAAACGACAAGAUCCGUGAAAAAGCUGAGCGCGAGGAGGAAAUCAAAAAAGAACUGCUCGAAAUCGCACGUGAAAAGAAAAAGGAGAAAAUUUUGACUGAGCUACUGAAUCAAAAAGAAGAGGAAGAAAUGCUGAAAGACGUCAAACGAGAAUUCGUCGAGGAUAAUGUCAACAAACAUAACCGACUGUUCAACCAGAGGAGACAGCUCGAAGCUGAUUGGCUGAAAUCUAUGCAGGUGAAACAACAACGGGACGAAGAGGAAAACUUGCACCGAUUGCACGGUGGCGCACUGCUGCUAGACCAAGCACACGUUUCACGGUGCGCCCAGUGUCAAAGGAAGAUGAUGAACAAAGGGAAAACUAACCUCUGGAAGGAGUCCUAUUACGUGCCUGGAUCCCGACUGAUCCUAUAGAACUACUAAUUUUGAGCAAAUUUAACCCAGUUAAGUAUAGAAAACAUGGUUUGGAGCAUUUAACAAUGGUGCACUGAGUAUGUAAAUAAAGUAUCUCUCUUUGAUUAUUUAGAAUUAUUUUCUGAAUUAAUUGUUCGACUGA